CGCAGGCGGCGUUUCUGCCCCUGUAGGGGCGUUCUCCGGAGUUCCCCGCUCGGCUGCAAGGCUGUCCCUCUAGCAAUCGGGGCCAGAAAACGGGGCGCUAGGCCCUGCAGAGGCGGAACCGGGUCCUUGUAACUAGCGCCGAGGAGGGGGGUCGGAGCUCCCGGCCAGGGUCUGAGCCGGAGGAGACCGCGCGGGCGUCCUGGGGGACGGCCAAGCGCGGAGGGCGAGGCUUCUUGGGGAAAUGCAGGGCAUGUUGCCCAGGCCAUGGGUGCCGACGGGGACUCGGGGGUCCCCUCGGGGCUACGACCACUUGCCGCGGGCAUUUCACAGGUUUCCCAUCGUCCCCCAGCCUGGAAUCCAGCAGGAUUGAAACACGGCUUCAACCAAAUGUUCUCUUUCCUCUAAGGAGAGGGGCUGAGCCAGUCAGCCCGAAAGGACUUAAGUGGGGUGCCCGGUCCUCGGGGGUGGAAGGAGCAGGGGUUGAAGGGAGUGCGGGAGCGAGAGUGCCCUUCCUGACCAUCAAAUGCCUCCAUCUGUGUUGCCGUCUCUGCUGAGUGGGCUUGCCGCGCUCACCACCCGGGAGGAGGGACGGCCGACGCCCGGUGGGCUCUGACCGUGCCGCCUUCAUGUCGCUGCUGACGGGCACUCCGGGGGGAACGGGCAUGGGGCACAGCCUCGCCCUCCGCCUUCCCCGCCUCCCAGGCGCAGAGGCUGGCGAUGUGGAGACGUGAGGGGACCCUGGCUGCCCGGGGUUCUGCAGGACUCCACCAGGCAUCCGCGCGUUCCUCCGCGCCCGGGGCGGGAGAGACUGGCGUGGUGCUCCGAGGCGGGCCGGCGACGAGCGAGGGGCACCAGCCUCGCCAUGGGGCACAACGGCAGCUGGAUCUCCCGAAACGCCAGCGAGUCGGGCAACGCGUCGGGCGCCCAGGCGGCAGGCGCCAACCUCAGAGCGCUCGGGGCGUUCGGCGAGGCGCAGCUGUACCGCCAGUUCACCACCACCGUGCAGGUCGUCAUUUUCAUAGGCUCUCUGCUCGGUUCAUUAAAAACCUGGCCUGCUCGGGGAUCUGUGCCAGCCUAGUCUGCGUGCCCUUCGACAUCAUCCUCAGCACCAGUCCUGGCUGUUGCUGGUGGAUCUACACCAUGCUCUUCUGCAAGGUCGUCAAAUUUUUGCACAAAGUCUUCUGCUCUGUGACUAUCCUCAGCUUCCCUGCCAUUGCCUUGGACAGGUACUACUCAGUUCUCUAUCCACUGGAGAGAAAAAUAUCUGAUGCCAAGUCCCGUGAGCUGGUGAUGUAUAUCUGGGCUCACGCAGUGGUGGCCAGCAUCCCUGUGUUUGCAGUGACCAAUGUGGCCGACAUCUAUGCCAUGUCCACCUGCACUGAAGUCUGGAGCAACUCGCUGGGCCACCUGGUAUAUGUUCUGACCUAUAACAUCACCACAGUCAUCGUGCCUGUGAUUGUGGUCUUCCUCUUCUUAAUACUGAUCCGUCGGGCCCUGAGCACGAGCCAGAAGAAGAAGGUCAUCAUAGCAGCGCUGCGGACUCCACAGAACACCAUCUCUAUCCCCUAUGCCUCCCAGCGGGAGGCCGAGCUGCACGCUACUCUGCUGUCCAUGGUGAUGGUCUUCAUCUUAUGUAGCGUGCCCUAUGCCACCUUGGUUGUCUACCAGACAGUGCUCAAUGUCCCCGACACAUCCGUCUUCUUGCUGCUCACUGCCAUUUGGCUGCCCAAAGUCUCUCUGCUGGCCAACCCUGUGCUCUUUCUUACUGUGAACAAAGCUGUCCGCAAGUGCUUGGUAGGGACCUUGGUACAACUGCACCACCGGUACAGCCGCCGCAAUGUGGUCAGUGCAGGGAGCGGGCUGGCUGAGGCCAGCCUGGAGCCCAGCGUGCGCUCAGGCAGCCAGCUCCUGGAGAUGUUCCACAUUGGGCAGCAGCAGAUCUUCAAGCCCACAGAGGAUGAGGAGGAGAGCGAAGCCAAGGACACCGGCUCAGCUGACCUCCGGGCCAAGGGGAUCCUGAGCACGGGUCUGGAGGGAGAGCAGGGGCUGCCGUUUGCAGCCUCUGCCCCACCCCUGGGCACAGUGGACUCCAUAUCCCGGGUGGCACUAGCAGCCCCUGGGGAACCCGAGACAUUCCCUGAUAAGUAUUCUCUGCAGUUUGGCUUUGGGCCUUUUGAGUUGCCUCCUCAGUGGCUCUCAGAGACCCGAAACAGCAAGAAGCGGCUGCUUCCCCCCUUGGGUAACACCCCAGAGGAGCUGAUCCAGACCAAGAUGCCCAAGGUAGGCAGGGUGGAGCGCAAGAUGAGCAGAAACAAUAAAGUGAGCAUUUUCCCCAAGGUAGAUUCCUAGUAAGGCUUGUGAAUCCCUGGAAGCAGCAGGGCGCCCCCAUGCUCCUGCCCUCCCUCUGCUCUGGCCCUGUGGUUUGUUUGCUGUCCUUGCAACCAAGUAUGGGUUGACUCCUCCUGUAUGGCCCACAUGCUUUUGAAUGAGGGGGAAACUUAUAUAAAGUCAAUUGUCCUCUUUAUGGAGGGAGUCUGUAUGUCUCCCUCAGUGACCCACGUUCUUAGGGAAGUCCACACUCCUCUCUGUGGACAUGGAAGCUGGGCAGCGUGGGACAGGACUUGGGGCAUGAGUGUUUGCUGAGGACCCCUCAGUUCCCGGGGCCCCGCAGAGAGUACAGGGAGAGGAGCAUCUGUGAGUCAAGGGGAGCAGGGGCACUCUAAGGGAGCCCAAGAUAAUUAUGGAGCUGUGUGGCCAUAAAGAAAAUGUCUCUUUGAUUGACUUAAAUAUGACAAAUACUUUAAAUUUUAAUAUCGAUCUGUAUCUUCAGGGAAGAUAGCACCUUGGCAUUUGACAUCUUUUCUCUGGAAGGUCUGAUCAUGUGACUCUGAGUUUCUUCCAAAGCCUUCAUCCCUUUCCCUGGGAUAUAGACAAGAUAGAGCUGUUCCACCCCCACUUGACAGCUAUGGCAAUAGAUGUGCCCCGUGGUGAGGGAGAUGUUCUGAGCUUGGUUACCCUGCCAUUCUCCUGGCAUCACUAAGGCCUCAGAAAGGUAUGUGUGCAGUGUGGGUUGGAAGACUCUGCACAGUCUUACUGUGGCUUUCCACAAAUUGUGGGAAAUUGUAGUUUUGCAACAGAUGAGACAGAAGCAAAGAGGUAGAGAAGGAAGACUGAGAAAUGUCUGUGCAUUUCUCUUUUCUCCUCCCACAUGCUCUCACAUCAUGGGCUAUGAGCAAUCAGUGGGAGUAAAGUAUAUUGAAAAAAUUUUCUGUGCAAACUUUUGGAAUGAAAAGGUAAUUUAAAAAUGCAAAACUAGUGUAACCUGGGUCAUCUGGAGACAUCAGAACAGGUGGUUAGGAAAGGCGAUUCUGUCCCAAAGAAUGGGAAAAGUCUGACAAAGGUGGCUCCCUUCCGAUGAGGCCUCCAGAACCCCGGUGUGUCGGGUCUCACUUCAGUCUGUUUGUGCACCUGUGGUUCUCCCUUCAUUUUGGACAAAGGAGAGGGAGAAAUACUUAAUCACUGUGAAAUGCAAGGUAGCCCCCAGGCCAGGUGAGCUGUCCAAGUCCUCCCUCCCAGUGUGGCUGUAGCAGGCGCCAGAGUGACGGGGAGGACAGGGUCCUCAACUGAUUAUCCUCUGGGGCCUCUCACAAGUGAUUCAAGUCCACUUUGAGCUAGAUUUUACCAGGAUUCAAACCACAGGUGACACUUCCCUUUGGAGGGCAGAUCAAGUGCCAGCUCUGCUCUUGUCUCUUGAGCAUUUGUUCUUGUUACUAGAACACAGGGGAGCUAAUCCAGGGCCUUGAGCAAGCUUGAAGGGAAGUGGGCAUUCUCACCUGCAAAAUCCUACGUCCCCAAAGCAGUGGGCCUCACAUGUCCCCUCCUUUAGCCACACUGGCCCCUUGUCCCUCGGAGGAAUCUCAGACCAUGGGUAGGGAGUUUCCUUUUCCUGCCCUCUCGUGGGUGUACUGUCUUGUGAUUCCAGAACAUGAACCAAAGUCCCUCCCCCUGAAGAGAAAGCAUCUGCCUCUUUGUAUUGUCCGCUCGCAGUGUGCGUCCUCACAGCAGAAAUGGGACCACCCGGCCUCUCCUGGGCCCCUGGCCCCCAGGCCUUGGUGUGUGCCAUCUGUAGCUCCUUGCCCCGAGAGUUCCUGUGCGGCCCUUCAAGCUUCGCGUUCAAGGCCUUCACAAGCGCUGUGGCUCUCGUCAAGGGGAAACCUACGCUGUCAGAAAAUUGUGUCCACUUGAGAAGACUGUCAAAUGCAGUCCCUUUGGUGUCAUUCUGAUACUAUAAAUUUACAACUUCAUAAAUUCUGGUGAGGCAGAGGGUGGUAGGUAUUUCUUAUGUUUGGAGCAGACAGUUAACUUCUAACAGGUCAUUGCCAGGUGUAUUUCUAUAUUCUUUGAAGAAUUACAUUUUAAUAAAAAUUUGAGAAGUUAUUUCUGAACUCGAAAAAGGUUAAAUGAGCUAUUUUUUGUUUCUUUUCUCUCUCAAGUGGGCAUAUGAAUGUAAAUAUUUAAUCAAAAAUUAAAAUGAUAUUGGAAAGAUAGAGGAGAAGCAGCAGAGGGGACGAUGGUGCAAGAGAUUUGGUGGAUGCACUCAAGUGGGGUCCAAAACAGAUGAUGCUAAACAGAGUAAA